CCAAAGCGAGUGGUUGUAUUAUUUUCGUGUACGGCAAAUCUGCGUUAAUUUUUUACAAGUGCUUUUUCAAUAAAAAUAAUAACAAAAUAAACCAUAAAAACGCAUUAAAAACAACAUAAAUCUAUUUACAACCCAUAAAUGCUUAAUAAACUAUAAGAAAAUUACAAGAAAUGUGCCGAAAAUGUGAGAUUUUUAAUGGAAAAUUCAAAAGUGAAAAAUUUUUCUAAUUGGGAAGUCAGAUUACAAAGCUUAACACGAACGACGAAGAAGAAAAAAUAUAUGAAAAAGUAGAAGUAGGAAAAAAUAAAAAGAUGUGAAUACAUAAAAGGCACACAAAAAAUGGUAUAUAAAGAGAGUGCAAAAUAAAUAAAUAAAAGGAGAGUGAAAAUGCAAUGAAAAAAUAACAACGUCGGAAAGAGAGAAAGAGUGAGAGUGUUUAUGUUUUGGUUUUUUGGUAAAUAAAUAAAAAACAAAAACAAAGCGGCUGUAAUAAUAAAAAACAACAACAACAAUACGGGCAAAAAGUAGUGACAGCCGAGUGUUUGUUUAUAUUUUGAUUUGAUUUCGCCGGUUUGUUGUUUGUUUAUUUUUCCUGUUUUUUCAUUCUUUCACUUAAAAGUAAAUGUACUCGUGCGUGUGUUUAUGUGCGUAAAUUACCAAGAAAUUUUGUGUUUACAUUUGUGUUGUUGUUGCAUUUAAUGUUUACAAAAUGUCACAAAAUAAUCAACGUAAACAUUAUCAUAUACAUGCUCCCUAUCAACACCCCCAGCAGCAACAACAGGCUCAACAACAUCAUCAUCCGCAUCACUUGACUGCGGCACAGCAGCAGCAGCAGCAACAUCAUCAUCAGCAACAACAGCAGCAAUGGUACGCGCCACAACAUUAUCAACAUGGUCUUCAUUUAAGAGAUUCGCGCCAUAUUCAGCAUCCAUCUGCUCAACAUCCUCAUCAUCAUUCCCAUCAUGUUCCACACCAGCAACAGCAGCAGCCGCACCAUCAAGCUCAACAUCACAGCCAUUCGAUGGCUCCUCAUAUGUUUACAAGUGGUUAUGUUGCAGGAGGAGUUGGUGGAGGGGGUGGGGUAGGUGGUGUUAGUAGUUCAGGUGGUGGUGGGGUUACAGUGCCGAGUUCACCACACAAUACAGCAACAAUGGGCAGUACACACAACAUGCCGGUUUCUUCUUCCCCUGCACAUCAUUAUUCUUCUGCUGCUGCUUUGACUGGUUCGAGUGCGAGUGUUGUUGGUGCUGGCAUUAGUGGGGGUGCUGCGCCAAGCAAUGCACCAACAGCUAAUAGUGGUGCUGGUGGUGCCUAUGCAGCUCGUAACAGAAUCUUUGACCUUGAAUUGUUAGCAACACAAUCAACAGCACAACAACAUGCUCACAGUAGUAGUGCAGCAGCACAUUCCCACUCUAUGUUAUCAACAGCCGCCGGCAGUUCAAGUGUUCGAUCAGCAGCAGGUUUUGAUGCCUAUUCUCACAAUUCUUUAUAUUCUCAACCCAAUCAACGCCAUCAUUCUUCGCCUGCCUCCUCUUCACAUCAUCAUUUAGCUGCUGCCUCGCAUUCUCUGCAUCCUCAUCAUUCCCAUCAUCAUCACCAUGCACCAACGUCGACUCAUCAUCCACAUCAAACGUCUCUUCAUCAGCAUCAUCAGGCUCAUCACCAUCACCAGCAGCAGCAUCAACAACAACAACAUUAUUAUCAUCAUGCUCCACCAACUUCGCUCCAUCGGUCACAUUCACAAGUUAUACCCCCCAUGUUACAACAUAUUAAAUCUGAGCCAGUAGAGCAAAUAACCGUAACACCGUCUAUACAAACCGAGGAAAUCAUCAUAAAAUCUGAACCUGUGGAUGAUAUGAGUAGUAGUUAUCACAAAAGUGCGCCACAAAUUGAAAACAAUUCUUCUUUUCACAUGGAAGAAAAACGUAAACAAUAUGAACUGCAAAAACAGCAACAACAACAGCUACAUCAACAACAGCAGCAACAACGUACUCAACAACAGAUUUUACAUGAGCAACAACUACAUCAUCAACACCAGCAGCAACAACAACAGCAAAUAAAGCAAGAACCUCAUGAUUAUCCACAACAUCAGAGUGAAAAUACUCAUAAUGAAGAUGUUUCCCAACAAACACAACAAUGUUUAAAUUCCGAGAAUUCUACUACUACGUUACUACCAGUAGAGCAAAAACCACAGAAACAAGAACAACAACAACAGCAACAACCAGAACAACAGCAUCAGCAAAUAUCCUUGGCUAAUAUAAAAACAGAAGCAAAGCCCCUUAACUUUCCUCGUCGCAAAUUACAAACAGAACGUUCCUCAACUCUGCCCAUAUGCCAACGAUGUAAACAAGUUUUUUUAAAACGUCAAAACUAUACACAACAUGUUGCUCAAUCCAGUUGCAAUAUUGUUGAAUACGAUUUUAAAUGCUCCGUAUGUCCCAUGUCCUUUAUGUCUAAUGAGGAGCUGCAGACACAUGAGCAAUUACAUCGUUCACAUAGAUAUUUUUGUCAGAAAUAUUGCGGGAAAUUCUAUGAAACCAUCGAAGAGUGUGAACAACAUGAAUACGGACAGCAUGAAUAUGAAAUGUUUAAAUGUAAUAUAUGCUGUAUAAGUGUAACACAACGCGAUCAAUUAUUUGUCCAUCUAAAUGAGCAUAAAUACCAGCCACGCUUCGAUUGCUGUAUCUGUCGUUUAUGUUUUCAAACUUCAUUGGAACUGCAUGAUCACUACAUAAACAAUGAAGAUUUCUGUGGAAAAUUUUACGAUAAAGAAGCCUUUAAAAAACCAAUUACCUCGUCGUCAACGUCCUCCACGUCAACAACACCUUAUCUGGGAAAACCGGAAAGUUCGAAUUUGGAAAUAGCUCAUACGUUCUCCUUAAAAGAUAUACCUCCGGCUAAUAGUCAGCAUUUGGAAGCUUUAUAUAAUAAACCUUCCUCUACAAAAACUUCCAUGGAAGCAGCUAAUUCGUUUAAUGCCUCUAAUGAUUUUCCUUUGGAGCCACAGGUAGAGGUAAAAACAGAAAUUAAAGUAGAACCUGACUUUUAUCCACCCAUGGAUCAAUCAGAUUUUACGGCUUAUGACAAUGAUUAUCCUCCUGCCGAUUAUGCAGCAGGCUCCAAUCCAAAUUUAGCAUUUCUACAGGAUUUUCAAGAUAAUGCUUCCAGCUCUACUAAUUCAUCGUAUUCCUUUAAUAAUAACGAUGCCAUACAAGAUGAAGAUGCCAUUUGUUGUGUACCCAAGUGUGGGGUACGUAAAUUCUCUUCGCCUUCCUUACAAUUCUUUGGUUUUCCAAGAGAUGAAAAGUAUUUAGCACAAUGGUUGCAUAAUCUGAAAAUGAUCUAUGAUCCUAAUGUUAAUUAUGGUUUAUAUCGUAUUUGUAGUUUACAUUUUCCCAAACGUUGUAUAGCUAAGUAUUCCUUAAGUUAUUGGGCAGUGCCCACUUUCAAUUUGGGUCACGAUGAUGUGGGUAAUUUAUAUCAGAAUAGAGAAAGUUCGGGGGGGUUUCCGGCCGGUGAAAUGGCCAAGUGUAGUAUGCCGGGUUGUCCUUCGCAGCGUGGCGAAACUAAUGUAAAAUUUCAUGUAUUUCCACGCGAUUUGAAAACCUUGAUUAAAUGGUGUCAAAAUUCCCGUUUGCCGGUUCAUAGUAAAGAUAAUAGAUUUUUCUGUUCGCGCCAUUUUGAGGAGAAAUGUUUUGGCAAGUUUCGUUUAAAACCCUGGGCCAUACCCACCCUCAAUCUGGGCACGGUUUAUGGUAAAAUACACGAUAAUCCGAAUAUCUAUCAAGAGGAAAAGAAAUGUUUUUUGCCCUUCUGUCGCCGCAGCAGAUCGUAUGAUUGUAAUUUAUCUUUGUACAGAUUUCCACGCGAUGAAACUUUGCUGAGACGUUGGUGUUAUAAUUUGCGCUUAGAUCCCAAUAUGUAUAGAGGUAAAAAUCAUAAAAUAUGUUCUUCUCAUUUCAUUAAAGAGGCUUUAGGCUUGAGGAAACUUAAUCCUGGCGCAGUGCCUACUUUAAAUUUGGGACAUAAUGAUAGAUUUAAUAUUUACGAAAAUGAACUUUACACACCACCACCACCGCCUCCGCCACCACAACCCUCCACCUCGUCUAAGGCUCAUAAAUAUGCUGAAAUGUUUAAACAGGAAAUGGCUGGAUCAUCACAUAUCUAUGAUGGUGUUUUUAUGAAUGCCUCAUCCAUGGUGCAGAAAUAUUCGGCCUCUGCUGCUGCAAACUCUAAUAAUUCCAAUAAUUUAGAUUUGGGCGACGUUUGUCUAGUGCCCUCCUGUAAACGUACCCGCCAUUCAGCUGAUAUAACUCUGCAUACGGUUCCCAAGCGGCCGGAACAGCUGAAGAAAUGGUGCCACAAUUUGAAAAUGGAUUUGGUUAAAAUGCAUAAAAGUGUUAGAAUCUGCAGUGCUCAUUUUGAAAAGUAUUGCAUAGGCGGCUGUAUGAGACCCUUUGCUGUACCUACUCUAGAGUUGGGUCACGAUGACACCAAUAUCUAUCGCAAUCCGGAUGUUAUUAAGAAACUUAAUAUACGCGAAACUUGCUGCAUACAAUCGUGCAAAAGAAAUCGUGAUCGUGAUCAUGCUAAUCUGCAUAGAUUCCCCACACACCCUGAAUUGCUGCAGAAGUGGUGUGAGAAUCUGCAGAAACCCAUUCCGGAUGGUACGAAACUCUUUAAUGAUGCUGUCUGCGAGAUACAUUUCGAAGAUCGCUGUUUGCGCAAUAAACGUUUGGAAAAAUGGGCCAUACCCACUUUAAAUUUAGGCUGGGAUGAGGCACCUCAUGCUCUACCCUCUGAAGAGGAGAUUAAUGAGAAUUGGGUUAAGCCUUUUGCCCCCAAUAAUGGCGAUGAGCAAGGUGAAUGCUGUGUAGUCAGCUGUAAACGUAAUCCCCAAAUUGAUGAUGUCAAAUUAUAUAGACCACCCGAGGAUGCUGAGCAAUUGGUUAAAUGGGCUCAUAACUUACAGGUGGAUGUGGCAGAAUUGCCCAAUAUGAAGAUUUGUAAUUUACAUUUCGAACAGCAUUGUAUAGGCAAACGUUUGCUUAACUGGGCCAUGCCUACUCUCAAUUUGGGCGCUAAAGUAGAGCAUCUUUUCGAAAAUCCACCGCCCAUGCCCACCAUCUAUAAAAAGAAAAUCAAACCGGAGAGGUUAAUCAGCAGUCAAGAAGCCAUUAAAUGGUCACCACGCUGUUGCCUGCCGCAUUGUCGUAAAAUGCGCUCGGUAGAUAAGGUUCACCUGUUUCGUUUUCCCUACAAUAACCGCCAGACUUUGGCGAAAUGGUGUCACAAUUUACAGUUACCCCUGGUGGGUAGUUCUCAUCGACGCAUCUGCUCCAGCCACUUUGAAUCCUCGGUAUUAACCAAACGUUGUCCCAUGUCGUUGGCUGUACCCACUCUCGAUUUAAAUGCUCCUCCCGGCUAUAAAAUCUAUCAAAAUCCUGCCCGUUUAAAACAAAUCAAAAUGGGUACUCAAAGAAAAUGCAUCAUAGAGUCAUGUGGUAAAACAAAACUAGAUGGUGUUUCACUCUUCCGUUUCCCUAACAAUCGCUCCAUAUUAUAUAAAUGGCGUCAUAACAUCAAAAAUUGGCCUAAGGGCAAAUUAAGCUCUCAGCUAAGAAUCUGUGCCGAACAUUUUGAGCCUCAUUCGGUGGGCGAAAGAAAACUAUCCCCUGGAGCUAUACCCACUUUGAAACUGGGACACGAAGCUAAAGAUUUAUAUCCCAAUGAGACCAGAUCUUUCUUUGAUCUAGAGAAAUGUGUGGUUAAUGGCUGUGAUUCGCGCAAAGAUAUGGAAGACAUAAGACUUUUCCGUUUUCCCCGUGAUGACGAUGUUUUACUUAAGAAAUGGUGUAAUAAUCUUAAAAUGGAACCCAAUGAUUGUGUGGGCAUUAAGAUAUGCAGCAAGCAUUUCGAACCGGAAUGUAUAGGACCACGCCAGCUAUAUAAAUGGGGUAUACCCACCUUAAAGCUGGGACACCGAGAAGAUGAUUUAGUGGAUAUAAUACCCAAUCCACCGCCCGAACAAAGAGCCGGAGAAUUCCUCUUCAAAUGUUGUGUACCCACCUGCGGUAAAACGCGCAAAUAUGAUGAAGCUCAAAUGAAUAGUUUCCCCAAGAAUUUGAAAUUAUUCCGCAAAUGGAAACAUAACCUAAAAUUAGAUUAUCUCAAUUUCAAGGAAAGAGAAAAAUAUAAAAUCUGCAAUGAUCAUUUCGAGGCGGUGUGUGUGGGUAAAACUAGAUUAAACUUUGGAGCUUUACCCACUUUGAAUUUGGGCCACGAUGAUGUAGAUGACUUGUAUCAAAUCAAUCCCGAUAGAAUAAGACCAAAUUUGUUUAUAAAACAAAAGGAUGCCGAAAGACUAGAGAGACGACGCAUUUUAAGGGAGGAGAAUAGAGAGCAAUAUGAGUGUGAGGAACCAGAGGAAGAUAACACAGAUCCUUUAAGUCUAGAGCCAGGAGAUAUCAAAUGUUGUAUCUCAGACUGUUCUGCACCCAAAAGCAUAAUGCGUGAACCCUAUGAAUUGCCGCAAACCAAAGAAUUUAAACAAUUAUGGAUAAAGGAAUUGGGAGAAACGGAUGAAGAGGACUUACCCAGUGAAGCUAGAAUCUGUGGCCUACAUUUCCAAACCCUAUUCAGCCAACUUAAAGCCGAAAUGAUGGAAUUAGCAGAGGAAAAUACCGAUUUGAAAUCCGAUUUUCAGAAACUACAAUAUAAUUAUCAAAAGUCUAACAUAUCUUUGGUGGUCAAUAGCUAUCAAUGUCGUGUGGCCGACUGUCCCACCAAUCUCUUAAACUCCUCUAUAAGACUGUUUUUCUUUCCGUAUGGCAAAAAUUUGGUUAAUAAAUGGUCUCACAAUACCGGCAUAAUACCCGAUGAACAUCGCCGCUAUAUGAAUAAAGUAUGCGCCUUGCAUUUUGAAUCCUAUUGUAUAACCGAAAACCAAAGAUUAAGAUCUUGGGCCAUACCCACCUUAAAUUUACCUUUAGCGGAAGAUAAACAUUUGUAUAAAAACCCUGAUCUUACUAAACUAGAUCGACGAAUGUUGGGACCUCAAAUUGUUAAAUGUGCGGUGAAAAAUUGCAGCUAUCAAAAAUCUUCGGAAGAUGAUACCAUUAAACUCUUUAAUUUUCCCUGUGAUGAUAAGUUACUAAAGAAAUGGUGUGAUAAUUUAAAAAUGUCUCAUCAUUUUACACCUCUAUUGAAAAUUUGCUCUUUGCAUUUUGAAAAACAAUGCUUUGGCAGCUGUCGCAUACGUUCUUGGGCCAUACCCACUUUGAAUCUGGGUCAUGACGAGGCUCCUGAGCAUCUCAAUAAAACCACUAUACGUCAAGAGUUGUUUGAGGCUCCCGAACAGAUAGCCGACAUACAAUUGAAACAGGUUAAGAUCAAAAAGUCUUUGGACAGCGCUAAAUGCUAUAUAGCCAGCUGCCGCAAGUCUAGAUUGAAACAUGGUGUACGUUUCUACAGUUUGCCCAGCAAUCCCAAGAUGAAACGUAAAUGGCUGCAUAAUUUACAAAUUUCCCAAAUGAAAUCCUCGCAUAAAUUGCAAAAUGUUAAAAUUUGCAAUCAUCAUUUUCACAAAAGAUGUCUGGAGGGCAAACAACUGAAAGCCUGGGCUGUGCCCACCAUGCAUUUAGGUCACACGGAUGCUAUUUUCGACAAUCCACGCAAAGUACAAUCUCUGCAAAUACAACGUUGUGUGCUGGUGCACUGUAAAAAUCAUACGGUGGCGCAAGGAGUGCGUUUAUUUGUGUUUCCCAAAUCACCGGAAUUUCUGGAGAAAUGGUCGAAAAAUUUGAAACUAGAACUGGAGAAAUGUAAAGGCAAAAUAUGUCAUGAACAUUUUGAAAAGGAGGUUAUAGGAGAAAAGAAAUUGAAAAAUGGAGCAGUGCCUACUUUAAAUUUGGGCCAUGAGGAUGUGGAUAUAUACGAUAAUAAGGAAUUAAAAGAGAAAAUUAAAUUGAAAUCCAGGGAACAGGAAGUAAAAGUAGAUCCUUUAGAAACAAAAGAAAACACAGAAGAAUUGUACGAAGAGGAAUAUGAGCCACAUUCCGGGGAGGAAGAGGAAGAGGAGGAAGAAGAUGAAGAAUUAUGCGAAACCGAAAUAGAAGAGGAAGAACGGGAGGAAGAGGUGGAAGAGGAGGAAGAAGAGGAGUUGGAGGAGGAAGAAGAAGUGGUCUACUAUGAUGAGCAAGAGGAGGAAGAAGAUGUACUAGAAGAACAGGAAAGUAAUAGCAAACGACCACAAGAAGAUGAUGAAUUGAGUGUUACCACUAGCAUAACCGAUUGGAGUUCUAUUAAAUUUAAAGAGGUAAGAGUCUCCAUAACACCUUUAACACCCGAAGACUUAAUGGAUUUAUGUUCUCGUUCCUCAUAUGAAAGAGAAUUUGGCUGCUUAACACCAGCCAGUAGUUUAAGAGGACGUAGAUCUAUAACCCCCGCUUCUAGUUUAAAGGAAUUGCGUUCCGAAACUCCUGAACAAAAGCCCAAUAGCGGACAACUUAAGUUAAGAUCCGAAACACCGGAUAAUAAAUCAUUCUUUGGUUUUAGAGAACCACGUUCGGUCACACCCGAUCAAAAAGCUGAACAACUAAGAGCAACUCAAACUCCCGAACCUAAACUAGAAAAACUAAACGAUAACCAUAAUGAAACUAAAACUAACUCUACUGUAAACCCCUUAAAGAGAGACAAUACAGAAUCGAACAGUUUUAGUGUUAAACGUGAAAGAUUGGAAUUGUCAGAAGAUGAAAACACCAAUACUUCUUUGCCCUUAGAAAUGGAUUAUGCUAAUAGCACUAAUCUUAGAACCGAUAAAGCCCUUAAUGCAGUAGCUCCUAUUUGUUGUCUAAAACACUGUGGUAAGGAGAAAACCCCGGAACAACACUUAACCACUUAUGGAUUUCCUAAAGAUCCUCAGUUAUUGCAGAAAUGGUGUGAUAAUCUAGGCUUACAGCCCGAAGAAUGUAUCGGACGUGUUUGUAUAGAUCAUUUUGAAUUGCGUGUCAUAGGCACCCGAAGACUAAGACAAGGAGCAGUGCCUACUUUGAAUCUAGGACCUAAUCGCCAGGCAAAACACUCUAAUUCAGAGGAAAUGCCGCCAAAGAAAACGGUAACCAAGGAUUGUACGGAAACAGUUAACCUGCCAGAAGCUGACAGCAAUCUAAAGCCUCCACCGCCCUAUAAGCAUAGUAAAACCAGCAAGCAAUCGGUUUUUCGGCUAUGUUGCCUCAAACAUUGUCGACGCAAGAAAUUUGUAAAACAGGAGAAGAAAGAGAAGGACUUGGCGAAGGAGCCAAUGGAGCAGCUAUUUAAAUUUCCCACUGAUGAGACUAUGCUAAAGAAAUGGUAUAAAAACCUAAGAUUACCCGAAAAGCUAAGCAUACCCAACGAUUUACAGAUUUGCGCAAAACAUUUCGAAAGCAAUUGUAUCAUAAAAGGCAAAUUACAUCCCAAGGCUGUACCUACCCUAGAGCUAAGCUAUGCUAAUCGUGAGCCUAUUUACAAAAAUAAUCCCAAGGAUUUUGAGACUGUUAAGCACAAAACGCCAGCAAAAGAAAAAUGUUUUCUUAAGCACUGUGGUAAUGUUAAUACGGAAAGGAUUUUCCUAAUACCCUUUUUGGAUAACGAAAGUAUGAGUGUUAAGAAAUGGUGUAAAAACUUAAGACUCCCUUACGAUAGAAGUAAACUAAAGAAAUUGAAAAUCUGCAGUGAACAUUUUGAACCGUAUGUGUUCUACAAAAGACGGCAUUUAAGAAACGGAGCUUUACCCACUUUGAAUCUAGGGCAUACGGGAGCCAUAACACGCAAUUGUCGCAAGUUGCGCUUGAAAAGGGUUAAUAGCAAUAGUGUUAAGGAACAAUGUUGCAUUGAGCAGUGCAAGGAAACGAACUUGAAGUUGUAUGCUUUUCCGCGAAGUUUCGAAUUGCGUAAAAUCUGGUGCAACAAUUUGCAAAUAGAAUUGAGACAGGCUUUAAAUAACCACUAUAAAGUUUGUAGCAAACAUUUUGGCAUCGAAAGUUUCAUGGUGGGUUCGGAUAAUUUGAAAAUUAAUGCUGUACCUGUUUUGAAUUUGGGCAUUAAAACCGAGAGUCAUUUAGUGUUGAGCUCUAAUACUCAAGAAAGUAAAUGUCUAGUGGAGAAUUGUCAAAAGACGCCGAGUGUGGAUAAGGUGAAGCUAUUCAAAAUGCCACAAAAACCUGAGAUACUUAAGAAAUGGCUGUUUAAUUUGAAUUUAUCGGCCGAGACUUACAAUAGCCAGGAUGUUAUCUGCAGUAAGCAUUUCGAUAAGAGUUGUAUCAAACAAGGGAUACUACAUGAGAAUGCCAUACCCACCAAAUUCCUGGAGAUAGCCUCCAAAGACUGGUUCUACAAAAACAAUGAGGAAUUGUAUGAAAUGCCACGAAAAUGCUGUGUUUUGAAUUGCCAGCAAACAUCGGAAGAAGCUAAACAUUUGUAUAGAUUUCCCAAGCACAAAGAGGAUUUGGAGAAAUGGUUGUAUAAUUUGAAAUUACAGGUAGAAGAGUCCGAGGUUAAAGAUCUACGUGUAUGCGAUAGACAUUUCGAGCAGAGCUGUAAGAUAUCCAAUAAGGAUUUAAUAACUCAAGCUUUACCCACCCUCAACUUGGGUCACACGGACUCGGAUAUUUAUGGCAAUAAUUUUAUAAAAUGUUGUCUGGAUAAUUGCACCAUCGAGGGUUUCUACUAUCACAAAUUACCCGAAGAUUUAAUGUUGCAAAGUUUUUGGUUUCAGGAACUGGAAAUGGAAACUACUUUUAAUACCUCGCUAUACAUCUGUUCCGUACAUUUUGUGGCCUUUUUCGAAAGAAUCUUGGAAAAAUAUAGCGCCUUUCUUAAAGAAUCCAAGGAAUAUGUUAAGUUGUCGGUAACCUAUAAUGAGCUUAAAGCUUUACCUGGUCUACAAAGCUACAAAUGUAAUAUACCCAAAUGUAAUUCCGGUUUCAAACUAAUAUGGAAGUUGUUGAAAUUUCCCAAAGAUCAAACUUUAUUCAAUAAAUGGCUGCAUAAUACCGGUUUAAAAUUUGACUAUGAUCAGCGCAACAAUUAUCGCAUAUGUGCCCAACACUUUGAGGAAAGAUGUUUAAGUGAGAAAAAGUUACAUCGUUGGUCUUUGCCCACCCUAAAGUUGCCUUUCAACAAUAGUUUAUAUGUCAAUCCACCCGAAGCUUUACCCUCUCAUCAUGAAAAUCUUAAACACUGCUGUGUAUCCAAUUGUCCAACCGUUAAGGGUCCAUUUUAUAAGUUUCCCCUUAAGCUAGCAGAAGCCAAGAAAUGGAUACAUAAUUUGGAUUUGGGCACACAACAAUGUACUUUAAAUUUAAGAGUCUGUUAUAAACAUUUCGAGAACUAUUGCUUUUCCAAGGCAGUGGAUAAAAUUAAACCUUUAAAAUCCUGGUCAGUGCCUACUUUAAAGCUGAAACGCAAAACCGAACUUUAUCUCAAUCCAGCCGAUAAGAUAGCCUAUUAUGUUUGCUGUAUAAACAGCUGUAAGCAGAUUUUAAAUAAAUCCAAAGAAAUCUAUUUAUAUAAAUUCCCCUCCAGCAAUACUUUGACACAAAAAUGGUUACACAAUUUAGGCCUUAACCGAACGCAAUACCAGGAAACUAUGAGAAUUUGUUCGGAUCAUUUUGAAAGGGAUUGUUUUUAUAAAGGUUAUAAGUUAUUGCGUAAAUACUCCGUGCCCACUCUGUGUCUAAAUAAACCGCCCAAGGAUCUUCAUACCAAUCCCGUAAGACGUGCCUAUUUAAAGUGUUGUGUUAAAUUGUGUAAAGGUCCUUGGGAUCAAUUGUUUAACUUUCCCAAAGAUAAAACUUUAUUAAGGAAAUGGUGCCAUAAUUUGCAAUUGGAAAAGGAAAUUCCCAUGGAGUCUUUAAGAGAGGCCAAGUUAUGUGGUCAACACUUUGAAAAGGAAUGUUUCAAUAGAUUUGGUUUAAUUAGAGCCAUGGCUUUGCCUACUCUCAAAUUGGGACAUCGUAAAAAGCUUUUCAAAAAUCCUAAUUUUAAUGGAAAAUCAAAGAUUAAAGAGGAACUUAAAGAAGAGGGAAUGACAGAGGAGAAAGUAACACCUAAGGCUAAAGAGGAGACAGAAGAAAAGCAACAGCAGGAUUUGGAGGUCAACAAGGAGUUAGAUAUUAAGUUAGACACUGAGAAAGUGGAGUCAAAAUCUUUCAGAGCGAAAGCUUUAAGGCCUUUGCAACAUUUAAGAAAACCCGAUAAACUUAUCAAUCGUUACGAUCCCAAGGCCAAAACUCUAAGAAAGAAAGCUUUAAGUAUGAAAGCUAAAAUAACAAAAGUUGUAAAAACAAAACCUUUAACCAAGAAAGCUAAAGAGAAGGAAACUUUAAGAGAAAAGAAAGAGGCAAAAGAACAAGAAAUUAACAAUUUGGUAGAAGAAGUAGGUAAAGAUAAGGAAGGUAAUUUAGAUGAAGUUAAGCAGCUGGAAAAUUGUGGAGUUGUGCCGGACAUUCAACAGCAAGAUGAUGCUUAUUUGGAAAAUUUAUUGGAAAUUUUAACAGAGACCGAUAAUGCUACAGAUUCAAGGGAAAUUAAGGAACAAAUAAAGCAGGAACAGGGAAAUGAAACUCCACAGAAAUUGCUAAAUAUAAUAACAGAAACUGAGGUUGAACUAACUUCUAGGAAAGCUAAGGAAGAGAACCAAGAGCAGCUUACUGCACAAGAAGUUUCAAAGCAAUCUGAAGACUAUUUGCAGAGUAAUCAAGAACAGGAAAAUACUUUUACUAUAUAUGAAAUUAAACAGGAAUUGGAGGAGUUUAAGGAACAAGAUAGUUAUCAGACACAAGAACAAUAUCUAGAGCAGAACAAAAAUCCCGAGCAAAAUGAUAAUUUAGACUACAGUCAAGAUAGUUUUACCAACGAACAACUCUAUCCCUAUGAAGACUCACAAGAUGAUUAUCUACAAGCACGACCGGAUUAUGAACCAAGUGAUCAUAGUGAAAAUGAAUUAAUGGAUCCAGAAAUAACAGAAGAACCAGACAAACUACCAAACAGCAAAGGUAAAAACCCUAUAGGUUGCUGCAUAAAAACCUGUCGCAACUAUCAUAAAUAUCAGGAUCAUAUACCGCUCUUCAAACUACCUAAUAUACGCAAAUUACGAGAACAAUGGCUGGUCAAUUGUAAACUCAAUCAAAGACAGUGUAGCGCAAAAGGGGCUUUAAGACGUUUUCGAAUUUGCAUAGAACACUUUCACAAACAAUGUCUGAAAAACCAUUAUCGUUUACUGAUAGGAGCAGUGCCUACCCUAAAGCUGGGUUCACCCGCUAUACAUCAAACUAAUGAAUCCCUAAAAUACUAUAGCUAUUUUCGAUGUAGAGUGAAGUGUUGUCAACGUUCUACACAAUAUGAUAAAAUCAAUAGAAUCAAAUUUCCCGAGCAAGCAGAAUUGAAAAGUAAAUGGUGUUACAAUUUAAAUAUCAAAGAGAAUACUUUAAGUGCUAAUGAUUGGAUUUGUCAUAGACAUUUUGAGAGAAAAGCUUUAAUAGAUUGUCGCAAACCCAAACCGGGAAUGCUGCCUACUCUACUUUCAGACAGUUUAGCAAUAAAAGGAAAUGCUGAAGAAGAUCUGGAGGAUAUAGAGAAUACCUCAAAAACUUGCUGUGUUAAAAACUGUGAUGGUUUGGUGGGAGAAUUUUGUAAAAUACCCACCAAAUGUGAGACGGUAUAUAAAAAAUGGUUAGAGAACUUAAAGCUAGAAGAUAAACCAGAGAUUAGGGAAUGCACAUAUGUUUGCCUAAAACAUUUUGAGACCACUUCUUUACAAAACAAAAAAAGAAUUCCACUACUAGGCUCAGUGCCCACUUUAUAUUUAGAGGAAAGUCAUGAGCCAGCAGAAAUUAUAAACACCAAAUGUUCACAUCCUUUGUGUAGGGAAGAGACUUUACAACUAUAUGAUUGGCCUAAUGAGGGUAUCUGUCACAAUAUUUGGUUACAGGUCAACAAAUCCAGUUGGGAAUUAAAACAACAUGAAUUAAACUGGCAACGUCAUACACAAGCCAUUAAAUUUUGUGCUAAACAUUUUAUAAAUCUCUAUGAAAUCAAUCAUAAAAACAUAAAUAGUUGCAAAAUUUUGCAAACAAAUAAUAAAGAAAAUUUAAAACAAAUUUUUGAAAAUCUCAAACCAAAGUCCACUAAACUAUAUAAAGUGAACAGAUAUGAUAAAUGUGUGGUAUCAGGUUGUAAAACAGAUCAUCAAUUUAUGUUGUAUAAAUCUUUAAAACUAUUUCCCUUUCCCAAAACAGAUAUAAGUAAAACCUGGUGCCAUAAUAUUGAUAUGGACUUUAAUACUUUAAAAUCUCUAGCAACAGCAAAAAUCUGUGAAUUACACUUUGACAGCGAAUGUUUUGCACAAAAGAAACUUUUGGAUACGGCAAUACCCACUUUAAAUUUACCUAAAAAAACUAAGCGUAAUGUUUUGCCCUAUAAUCAAGAUGCAACUGGCAAAUGUUGCCUUAAAUCUUGUCCUAAUAAUCAAGGUUUAAAGGAAAAAUCUCUUAAUAGAUUAUAUAAGUUUCCCUUAAACCCUCAAAUGCUUAAAAAAUGGUUACGUCUAACGAAUUGUGCGAAUUAUGAGGUGAAAACUUUGCGUAUUUGUGAUUUACAUUUUGAGAAAUGUGAUUUUAAUAAAAAUAAAACUUUAAAGGAAACAGCUAUACCCAUAUUAUAUUUAGAUGAUCUAGAAACUUCACUCAACUCUCCUCAACCCUCGGCCAUAGAUGAUUUUAUACAGGUCAAACAGGAACUAGAUAAUUCCGAGGAAUGGUGUGAAAACUUAGAUUCCUUAAAUCAUGAUUGCCUGAAUGCAUAUGAAGAAAGUCAAAUAACGGAAACACAAUUAGAGCUCAAGAAAUUUUCCGAAACAGAUAACUAUCCUUUGUUGGAUAUAAAACAGGAAAUUCUUGAAAUCCAAGAAGAAGAACCACUUGAAACUAAUCCCUGCUCGCUCUUUAGCAUACAAAAACUGGAGGGAACGGAAAACUAUGAAUACAACCAGACAAAUCGUUCUCCUCCUCUUAAAACCGAUUUUGUAAUAAGCGACAUUAAAUCUCAAAUCUAUUUAUGUUGUGUACAAAAAUGUACCAAUAAUUCAGAAACCCCAGGUAUACGUCUAUUUACCGAAUUCCCUAACGAUUCGGAAAUAUUUAUAAAAUGGUGUUUUAAUCUAAAAAUAGAUCCUCGCAAUUAUCAGGAAAAUCAAUAUAAUAUAUGUCAACAACAUUUUGAAACGAUAUGCUUUAAUGAACAAGGUCAACUACAACCCUGGUCCGUGCCCACCUUGAAUUUAAAUUUAAAUGAAAAUUCUUUUAUACAUCAAAACGAUAUACCCGAACAUUUGCAAACACCACCCGAACAAUGUAUAGUUUAUGGUUGUAUUAAUCCGCAAAAGCCUCUUUACAAGUUCCCCUAUAAUCCUGAUAUCUCACACAAAUGGUUUGCAAAUUUAAAACUAGACUAUACCGAUUUUCGGGCACAAAAUUAUCGUAUAUGUAAAAGACAUUUCCCGGCACAAUGUUUUGAACACAACGACACUAAUAAACUUAAAACGGAUGCAGUACCCUCUAUUUAUUUGGGGCAUACAGAUAAAAUCUAUUAUUUUAAUACGACCGAGGAAAUACAAUUAGAACAAGAAGGUAUUGCCGCUGCUGCUGCUGGGGCUGGUGGUGCUCUUAGUAAUCAUGAUAAUAGUAGAGGCAGUAGUCAGGAUUCUUUAGCUCGUCUAAUAUCACCGCAUGAUUUAGAAGAUCAUGAUAGUAGUUAUUUUGAAGAUUUUGAAGAGUACUACGGACAAGAGGAAUAAAUUUAAAUAUAUAUUUAUAUACGCUAUAUAAAAGAAAGAAAAAUCAUAAACUUAAUGAAUACAAUAUAAUAGUUUUUAGAAAAUAUAUAUUUAUAACCUAUAAACGCACUUCUCUGACAUCCUACGUGGAAAUAACAUACACAAUUUUAGUGGCAUUUAGAUGAACAAGCACAAAUACUAUAAUUAAUAAAUAGUUUUUGUUUUACAAAUUUAAAAAAAAAAUUAUAUAUAUAAACAAAUUAAUGUAAAAAUCACUCCCUUUUAGCAUGGUCCAUAGCUCGUAGUUCGAAAAAAAUAUUUUGUAAUAACAGUAUUUUAUUUUUUUUUAUUUUAAAACCAAGAAUUUUUAGAGAAACCAGUAUUUUUUAAAAAAAUUUAAAGGUAAAAAACUGAUCUUGCAAGAUCUGUGGGAUUUUGUAGCAGCAAUUAUUUGCAAUACCAUCUCUUUCAACCCGAUUUAAAUUUGUGCUGUUAUUUUUGUGGAAUCUUUUAGAUUCCUUAGGUUAAACUAUAGUCCACAUUAUAAACUAGUUCAGACUAUAGAUAGGGCUAUAGUCCAGACUAUGGACUAGAUUAAAGAGUAGACUAUAGACUAUGCUAUAGAAUAGAUUAUAGAUUAUAAUAGU